UUCAAAUUCUAACCAUCCCAUUGUAGACGGCAAAGACUUGGAAAUAAGUGUAACUUUGAAUACUUUCUUGUUGAAAAUGUCAUUUACUUGUGUUUUCCACACAAUAUAUGUAUCCGUUAGGCCUACUCUUGUGGUCUCACUAAUCACCAUCUCCUUUCAUUUUACCAGGAAAAAGCUACUAGCAUUUCCAAUGAGAGGAUCUAGUGAUUUUGAGUUUUGGGUUGAAAAAUCACCAGAGGAUCAUCCAUAUUACGACAAUUCGGGGGAUACUGAGGAUCAUUUCCUAGCUUGUUCGCCUCCACUGUGGACAAGGACAUCAAAAAGUUUUCAACAUGAAACUUAUCCUUUGCUUCCAUCCAACCACCAUUAUAGUUGUUCGUCUCCAACUUCACGAUUAAGGGCUAUUGCCAACGGGAGAAGGGAGCUCAUGGAGAUGAUUAAGGACAUCCCGGAAUCUUCAUAUGAACUAUCAUUGAAAGAUAUAGUAGAAGAUAAACAUAGCAAGGAGAAAGAAAAAACUGGAACAAUAGAAGAAGAGAUGAAUUCGAACAAAACUGAAACUAGAAACUCAAGAAACAGUAAAACUGCAGGGAGAAGUCAAAUAUCCAGGACUCAGAGCAUGGACAGUGGAGUUUUCCUUCUAAAGAUGUCCCUCCCAAUCCCUGUAUUUUCAAAAAAGAACUUGAAGGCAAGAAACUGCACAAAAAUUUCUCCAGGACCAUCAUCCGAGGGAUCUGAGAAACGCACUAAUAAAGAUUGGUGGAAGAUGAUAUUUUCAUCCAUAAAAGAUAGAAAUAGAAAGUGUGUUAACAUCAGAAGAAGCUCAAGUGACAAAACUAGCAGCAAAACCAGUACGGCCGAGAGCAACAUCAUGCCUCAACAGUUGUCCCUGAACAGUACGAAAUACAAGCCGAGCGGACAAGGAAGGUGCUUAUUCUGAAUAGAGUAGCAGUGGAAGCAAAAGAGAGGAGCAUAAAUGCAGACGCACGAACAGCUGCUGGCCUGAAGGGAACUUCUCUCCAGAGAGAGCGUCCAGAGUUCAAUUUAUGCUGUAUUUGUAAAGUUUAUACUGGCAAAAUACCCUCAUAAAAUACAUUGGUUGACAGGUACAUGUACAUAAUUUAUAACAUCGAAAUCAAAAUCUCUGACCAAACGUUGUAUAGAAAGUAAUAAUUCGACUAGUAAUUUUUCCAGAUUUGGGUUAUAAUUGAGAGAGAUUUUUACAAGUGGGGUGUGAUGUUUUAAAAGAAUAUAUAGUUAAAAUGUAGAGAAAAGUUGAAGUGUCUCAUUGAUCAUGU